AUGGGUUUAAUCACAGGAGUGUGCACUUUCUUGUACCACCUUCCGCAGAUCUACAAAUGGCUACUGAAGCCUUACUACGUCGCUUCAUUCUUCAUGACCAUUGCUUUCCCGUUGCUCCGAAAGGCUCCUGGUCUCUGCGAGCACCUGGCGACCGACAGGGAGGACGGCAACUCCUGCGACUUUGACUGGAGAGAGGUGGAAAUCCUCAUGUUUCUCAGUGCCAUAGUGAUGAUGAAGAACAGAAGAGCAAUCACGGUGGAGCAGCACAUCGGCAACUUGUUCAUGUUCAGCAAAGUGGCAAACGCCAUUCUCUUCUUCAGGCUGGACAUCCGACUCGGCAUUCUCUACCUGGCACUGUGUGUCGCAUUUGUGAUGACCUUAAAGCCUCCUCUCUACAUGGGCCCAGAGUACAUCAAGUACUUCAGUGACAAGACCAUAGAUGAGGAGCUGCAGAAGGACAGCCGCGUCACCUGGAUUGUGGAGUUUUAUGCCAACUGGUCCUCUGACUGCCAGUCCUUUGCUCCGGUCUUUGCUGACCUCUCUCUCAAGUACAACUGUGCUGGACUCCGCUUUGGGAAGGUGGACAUUGGCCGCUAUGGAGAGGUGUCGCAGAGGUACAGGGUUAGUACAUCUCCUCUGGCCAAGCAGCUGCCCUCACUGAUACUUUUCCAAAGUGGACGAGAGGUUAUGAGGCGUCCCAUGGUGGACAGCAAGGGGAGGGCUGUGUCGUGGACCUUUAAUGAGGACAACAUCAUCCGAGAGUUUAAUCUCAAUGAGCUCUUCCAGAAAUCGAAGAAGCUGAACAAAAGCCUUGCCUUGAAGGGAGAGAAGCAGGAGAACGGUUCUCAGGCAGAGGAGGGCAGCGAUGAGGCGCAGGAGGCCGACAACCCAGAGCCAACAGCCCAGAGAGAGAGCAAGAAAGACCAGUGA